AACUAGUUCUGCUUAUGAGGCUGUCGUUUUGAACGCACGUUUUCGACGGCGCUAUGAGGAUUUUAAUUAUCAGAAAUCUUUCGGACAUCUUUUGAGUAAUAUGCAUUCCGACCCUGCUUUCGCCAGUCUAUGCAGUCUGAUCACAAAUGGUGUGUUUGCUGGUGAUACAGAUGUAAUGAAGUCAGUAUCAGUGACUGAGGGAGAUUCUGUCACUCUAAACACUAAUGUUACUGAAGUACAGAGAGAUGAGCAGAUACUGUGGAUGUUUGGACCUAAAGAGACUCGUAUAGCUGAACUCUAUAAACGCAGCAUUGAUAUGUUUAGCAGUGAUGUGACAUUUGGAGACAGACUGCAGUUGGACUCUUUCACUGGAUCUCUGACCAUCAGAAACCUCAGAAGCACAGACGCUGGACUUUAUAAACGACAGAUCCGGAGCGACAGAGAGAACUCGGACAAGACAUUCGAUGUUACUGUCUAUGCUCAUCUGCCUGUUCCUAUCAUCACCAGUAACUCUUCAAACUGUUCACCAUCAUCAUCAGGAUCAUCAGUGUCUAAAUGUUCACUGCUGUGUUCAGUGUUGAAUGUGAGUGAUGUGACUCUCUCCUGGUACAAAGGAAACCGUUUAUUAUCCAGCAUCAGUGUGUCUGAUCUCAGCAUCAGUCUCUCUCUACCUCUGGAGGUGGAAUAUCAGGAGAAAAACACCUACAGCUGUGUGCUCAACAAUCCCAUCAGCAACCAGACCAGACAUCUGGACAUCAGUCAACUCUGUCACACAUGUUCAGAAGUGUCUGUGCGUUUCUAUUUCGUGGCACUUAUAAGUGUUUGUGUGCUGCUGCUCAUUUCUGCAUGUGUGUUUUGCUGCUGCUGCAGGAAAUGUGACCAAGAAAAAACAGACGGCAAGUAUUACGACAACUGA